AUAAUCCAGGCUGCUAAAAAUCACCGGAGUCAGGGAAGUCUACUGCCUCGCCAAUAUGAACUCUGUCGAGACACAGGGAGACGUACCGGCAGAACAAGACCUGUCCAGGACGAGGUUCCAGGCCAGGGUCCGCAAGCGCGCCCGCAAAGCAUGUCUGUACUGUCGGGCCCGCAAAGUCCGCUGCGACGUAUCUCAGAGGGGACGCCCAUGUGUCAACUGUUACCUGGACGGCGAGGCUUGUAUCGUCACAGGAAGGGCGUCGAAAUACCGGGCCCAAUAUGAGUUAGUAGAUAGCAAUGUAACGGCUGAGUCAAGCUCAGAUGGCCGAGUAAACGCUUCUACUCAAGGGUUGCCUGCUUCCGCACCUAAUGACCCAGGUACACGCGAAGCAGACUAUACCCACAACUAUAACGUCAGUCAGAAGGCCGCAGGAUCUACUGUCCGUGACGAGUCUCAAAACAGCCUGUCCGGGUUACGCGAUAAAAAUUCCAACUGUGCUGAUGGCACAAGCUCGCAAGAUAGCCCGCGGGUAGACAACCUCACAGCGUAUCUGCUGAACUACCACCCUUCGACCGACUUUGACAACCAGUGGGCUGCAAAUGUAUACCCUGCAAAGUCCCCCGAUGUUGUCUAUUGCCACUACCCAUUCCUUACUGUAAGCAACAUUCACAGCAUUCCACAUCAAGACGUCAACUUCCUUGACCUCCAAGGCUGUCUUCGUGUCCCGAUAAGGCCCUUGCUGGAUGAUUUGGUACAACAAUACUUCCUUCACAUUCACUCCUUCUUGCCUCUGGUCAACGAAGGCGACUUUUGGGACUUAUAUUCUCACGUCGGCGGCAACCCACCAAAAGAGCGUCUUUCGUUACUUUUGUUUCAGGCCAUGCUCUUCGCGUCUUGUACUUUUGUCCCACAGUCCACUAUCGAUGCCCUUGGCUUUCGCGACAUCCGGUCUAUGAGGGCGACAUAUUUACGACGUACGCAGCUUCUAUACAAUCUUGGGACAGAACUAUCGCCGCUUGUCAUCGCCCAGGCGACGCUACUUCUUUCUUUCACAUCUCUAUCGUCCACAAAGACGCCAUAUACAGUGUGGCUGAGUUUGGCUAUCGAAAAUGCAAAGCUUGCCGAUGCACACCUCUAUGCAACUAUAAAAGCACCGUCUCUCCAGAAGCAUCAGAGCAUCUUGAAGAGAGUCUGGUGGUGUUGUAUUAUGCGAGAUCGCUCUAUGGCGCUUCUGUUGAGACGACCGGUCCAAAUAACAAAUGAGCAUUUCAACUUUAAUGCUUGUCCACUCUCUGCGAUGGAUUUUGCGGAUGAGUUCGGUCGGUCUAAAGUAUAUAAUUCUGCAACCAAGAAGAGACUAGCUGAAAUCCUCGCCCAAUUUGUUCAGCUAUAUAAUACGCUCACGGACAUCCUUCUGCUUGUAUUCCCACCUAACGGUACUUGGAGCUCAGGCCGGGAACAUAAUCGUGAGAAUCACAGCCUCCGCCAUUGUAGGGCCACCUUGAGUCGGUGGUAUACAUCCGCAGUUUCAAAGUUUCAGAAUCCUGGAAAUGACACUGUUCCGGCGACGCUGUCUAACGACUUCCAAGAAAUUAAUCAUGGUUCAAUUGCUCUGUACACGAAUUUUCUAUUUAUGUAUUAUCAUACAUCACGCAUCGUCUUAUGCCACCACGAGAUCCUUCAUCUAGAGGACCUACAAGGGCGCGGCUGCAGGGAUACCUCUCCGACUGAAGAACUAUCAAGGAUUCACGAGACCCGGCAUGAACUUCAAGACGCCGCAUCAGCUCUCGUGAAGUGCCAUGAAGAUCUAGUCCGCCAGGGGCUCGCUCGGUGGCUGCCAAUCUCCGCUAUCGGUUGCACAGCGUUACCGCUCGUUCUCAACAUACUGAAUAUCAAGCUAUCCCCGCCAAUAGAGAACGGUCCCAAUAUAGCGUCAAUAAUAAAGCAGCACCAAGGGGAUACUCUCAUUGAAAUCAUGAAAAUUUACUGGCCUCAAUAUGAUGGUGUGGAUUGGGUCAGCAAAAUCGUUCGUCACAUUGUUGACCUCGCUCAGCUUGUCAGGCCUAAAGUCAAGAGCUCUAACUCGACCAUUAACCGGUCUGAUAUUUUUGCCUUUCGACCUAGUUCAUACCUUCGCUUGGUCUUGACGCUGGAUCUGAGUCUCAGCAAGGGGAGAUUGCCCCAGGAUAGUGACUUUCCACACAGCCUCAGGGGGUUAUUUGAUGUUAAUAUCAGCCCUCUCCCAGAGCUGGCUCUGGGUGACGACAUGAAUCACAAUGAGAACCAUAACAAUGAGCAUGGGGCGACCCACGAAACUCAAACCCAUCAGCCACUCGAUUCUAACUCUCCUCAGACGGGACAGUUUGCUUCCGGAGCUGAUGAGUCUGUUCUUGUCGAAAUCGAACAGAUCUAUUUGCAUCUGGCGGGUGUGCAUGCAGAUACUAACAUGCCUCAUUCAGGGGGCCUGGAGAUGAGUGCCGAUGCCUUCCCACAUGGAGACCUGUCUCUCAGCAGCUCAGAUUGGUUCGACCGUCUACAUACUGACAGAGAGCAGGCGAGAUUGUUGCUAGGGCCCGUAGGCUACUCGCAUCAGGGCUUUGCUAGCAUGGAUACGGAGGACCAAAGCAAUCGGGAUACAUCUAUCAGUUAGCGUCAAUGGAAGGAAGGUGGAAGAGAUGGGUACAAAGCAGCGUAGGAUUUGUUACAAGCGCGAAAUGUAUCCCUUCAUUUGCAGUUUGAAAGACAGAUCGGAGUUCAUACACAUUUUAAGUUUCUGCUAGCGUCUUUGGAAAUGAACCGGGCUGUAUUUGAAUGAGCGUGACGUGCUUGGAAGAAACGCAAGCUGUCUGAUUUAACUUGAAUAAUGUGGAUCAGGCUAUGGCAAGGAACAGCAUCGACGAUACUAUUGUAUUCUGUGUCUGUGUAGAUGGAUGAGGGUGGAUCUCCUCUAUCUGGCAGUCGUGCAUAUUGGAGCCUGAGGCUCUCCAACAAAUAAUUGAAAAUGCCAACACCUUCGGCC